AUGCUUCCAUCAUUGCGUCGGGUUUCUUCAAGGUUCAAGACCUCCAUCUCAUCAGUCUGCGUCUCCAUUCUUCUAAUAUUCUCUCUUCUAGUCACAUCAACACUCGCUGAUCAGCAGGCAUGGCCUCUCCCGGAGGAAGUGUCCGCAUCGCUGCUCCAUGAAAUUCCAGUUCUUCAUACCGCAUUCGUCCAAAUCGGAGAAGAGCUUCACUAUCUGAAUCAACCGAUUCGGCCGGAAAAUGUACACCAUCUUCCUGUCUUUGAUUUCGUUUCAGAUGGAGGGUCAGGAGACGCAUCGACGUUGAAAAAUAAGAAGAAAAAGAAGAAGACCAACACAUACAAUGUGAUGAAAAUGGCUGGAAAAGGGAAACUUCCAAUGGAGCUCGAUCCUCCGAUGAUGGAUUUCGGACAAAAGUUGGUUUUCAGUUUUCAGAAACAAAAACUAUUUAAAAAUGUUUUCAGUUCUGUUGGAACGGCGCAGAAAAGGAAGAUCUAUAUUCGUAACAUGAAAGCCGAACCGAUAUUUUUGGAUGCCAUUGUUGUUAGCUCGAUUGAAUUCCAGGCAUCUUAUUUCGAAGAAUAUAAACUCGAGCCCCAUGGAAUCACUUCUUUGGAAGUGGUUUUCUUACCACGAGAAAUCGGAAAGCGCUCAACAGUUGUCCAUUUUUACACAUCAGUUGGAUUGUUCACCUAUAAAAUGCAAGGAAACUGUGUAUCCAAUCCAUACCGAAUUUCGCCAUUCACCGGAUACCGUCUCCCGAUGAAUUCUUCUGUAUCCAAACCCAUUUCUAUUUUCAAUCCAUAUGCAUACACGAUGAGAAUCACAGAGGUCUCGUCAUCUGGUGGAAAUGGACACAUUGAACUUCCACACGAAGUAGACAGCAUCUUGGCUGGAGAACCACCACAAUAUUGGGACAUCCGUCCGUAUCAAACAAAACAAAUUGCCACGUUGGUCCUUGUUGGUGGAACUUCUGAAAACUCUACAGUAUUCGUCAGAGUUGCAUCGGAAAUCAUUUACCACUCUGAAGAUCGUCGUCCUCUUACAGACAUCUACCUGACAGUUCCAAUAGAAGUAUUGAAAAGGCGUGGAGUGUAUGCGACGGACGAAAUCCUUGACUUUGGGAUCAUUCGACAAGGCGUGAAAUCAGAAGCCAAAGUGUUUUCUGUGGCUCAAUAUCAAAUAGGAGGCCGUCUGGAGUUCGAGACACUCUAUGUCGAGAAAGGCGACCAUACUGCAAUCUACAUGGAAUUCGCUUCUCAUCCACCAAUCGUCGUGCAUCCUCCAAACAAGGGAAGCAUCACUUUGGGACCAAAAUCAGAUCUGGUAAAAGUGUACUUGGAGGGAAAUCGAGUUCAGAUGAGCAAUCAACAAUACAUGAAACAUAUAAGUGGACAUAUAAUAGCAGUGUCAAGAGGAGGAAACUAUAAUGUCAGUAUUCCAUAUAGGGCUGAUGUUUUCCGUGGAAAUCUUGUAUCCAUUGGAAAUGAUCUUUCCAUUCAAGAAGAUCUUCGUCCACCUCAUCAAAGGAUCAUCCGAUUGGAAAAUCAUCUUCCCUUUGAUGUUUCUAUUUACAACAUCUCAUUGUCUCCGGACCUCGUUUCACAUUUUUCUAUUCGUUUGAUUGACCGCACUGCUCUCAUCCGUUCCGGACACAUUUCACCAGUUUUUGUUCUGAAAUACAACAAAAAACUUCCGCCGCCAUUUGACAAUUCGACUAUUUUUGUCCAUACAAAUGUGUCAACAUUCAAUUUGAGUCUAUCAACAUACGCCGGAAAAAUGGCUGUUGAAAUGACAUCUGUUGAUAAGAAUUCGUUUGAUUUUGGAUUUGUGGAGAGGAAUGAUACAAGAACGAUUCGAUUUGUCGUUUGGAAUCACAAUCGAGCUGAAAUGCGUCUCAAGAACCUCGUGGUCCCUGAUCGAAAUGCAUAUCGUCUCUAUGAAGUUGGUGUUAAAUCGAUCGGAAACUUCUCGGAUGUUCGAAACGACGAGCGUCUAGAAUACGUUGAAAUGGCAGAUGUAGACAUUCCACCGAUGAAAGGAAAAAUUUUUGAUUUGGAAUUGAAAGUUCCAUAUGCUGGCGAAGUUCGAAAUGGAAACAUUAUUUUUGAGACUGAUCUAGAAAGCAAAGUAUUUGCUGUGACCUAUCAGGUAUCAAGUGGAUCCCUCCAAUCGAUUCCCGAUGAAGUCUCAUUUGGACAGACGUUCCCAUCAAAAUUGGUUUAUCGAACUCUACAGGUGUUCAAUUCUUUUGACGAAGAUAUGACAGUAACCCGUAUGACAACUCUCAAUGAGGAUCCUCGUUUCUUCUUCGAAGGUUUCGAUCCACAUAACCCACCGGUUCUUCGUUCCGGACGACUAACCAAUCUGGGACGUGUCAUGUUCUCUCCAUCAGCACCUUGUGAACAUGAAUAUUGUUAUCUGGGUCUCCCACUAGGAAGUACUGAUGGUGCAUGGUUUACACAUGGACUUGGAUUGCCUUCAAACCUUCCUGAAAUCGAUUCUUACCUUUAUAAACAACUAAGAAGGAAGUACGAUGCAUUGGUGAAGAGUAGGAAGCAUCAUGUCAAUACAACCAUUAUUCUGGAUACAGAUAAAGCAAAAAAUAUUAAGAUCAAAACAUCCGCUGAAUUGGUUUGGCCUCGUUUGUUGACUCGAAACUCCAUUCAUUUCCCAUUGACUGCUCUGGGGAACUUUACCAUUGUCAAUCUGACUCUGGCCAAUCCAACGAAUGUUCCAGUUGCUAUUCAAGUGAUCCCAUUGGUCAUCUAUCCAGAUGCAGAGUCACUCGUUGAACUAAUGCGUCCACAUCUUGCAUCUGAUCUUACAGAUCAUGUUGAAAUGAACGAGACGUUGAUGUUCUCGUUGAGAGAUACAGAACUAUUCACUUUGAAACCAGAUUCUCCUGUUCCGAAACUUCGAGAAGCUUUCGAACAUCAUCUGAAUCAUGAAAUGCCAAGAUACAACAAUGAAAUCAAUAUUCCAAGAUUCACACUGUCAAUGAUUCUGAAACCUCAUAUGAAAGUACGCCUUCGUCUCGGAUUCCUACCAUCAGACUACACUCUCCGAUCAUCUCUUCUUUUGAUUCGUAACAAUUUAACUGCUCUCGAACCAGUUGUGAUGUAUGGUAAAGGUGCAAGAAUUGGUGUGAAGGUAGAAGGAGCUGAGGCGAGAUCCAAGAAACCAUUGUUGUUUGAAAUUCGACAUGAUCAUUUGACGGAUUGUAAUAAUCCAAAAAGACUGAUGCACAAACUACACUCAACUCUAACAGUUCGUCGUCCAUUCCAAGUAAUGAAUACAGGCGAAGUACAGUUCACAGUAACCAAUAUGAGUAUCAAUGGAGUUCCUUGUGAAAAUCGAGGAUUCCGUAUUCUCAACUGUUAUCCAUUCCGUUUGCAACCAAACGAGACAUAUGCAUUGGAUAUUGCAUACACUCCUGAUUUCUUGACGACUACAAAUGAAGCAGAUCUUCAGCUGUAUAUGCACAUGAAUGGUAGCGCGUGGCUGUUCCCGUUGGCAGCUACAGUACCUGGGGAUAUGUUAGCAAAGUGUCAUCAGGCUCUUCCUAGACCACCAUUUGAGAAUAUUAUGUAUUACAGUUGUGUAACUGCAUUGAUUUUCUGUUUGGUGUGCGUUCUCGCAUGUGCUUAUUUGGAAGGAGAUCGGGCGAUCGCCUGUGCCAUUCGACAACAAUUCGCCAUCCCUCGCCACGUCUUUGAUCUCAACAACUUGAAUAAGACCUCAUCAUCUGCUCAACCAACACCAACUUCCUCAACAUCUCCAACAUCUCCAGAAACUCAAACGACAAAGAAGACGUCGGAGAAUUCGACGCCUUCUGCACUCCGAGCGUCUUCUGAUGCUUGGCUUGUGAAGAAAUGGGGUUAUAACCUCGCCAACUGGGUCGUUAAAUGCGUCCAUAAAGUAUGGAGAUGGUCGUUGUUCUGGAGAAAAGAUAAGGCUGUUGGUGAUAAAUCAUUGAAAACGACGAAGCCAACAAAGAAGAAGAAUCCAGUAACAAUGCAAAAAGUCGAAGAAUUCCGACAAAUGUUAGAAUAUGUUGGUCAGCAGAAAAAGAAGAAUGCAGCUGGAAUUAAUACUGAAUUUGAUGAGGUUGAAGAAGAAGCACUGGCUGAAAUGUGGGCACAGAGAAAAGAUUCUGGAGUCAGUUCUGUCUCCCAAAAAGCUACUCCUCCGCCUGUCGAAGAACCAGUUUUGUCGAAAAGUCAGAAGAAGAAAAAACGAGCUGCUCAACAAAAAGAUAACAAUAAUCUGGAACCAGUGGCACCAGCAGCUCAAAAUGAGAGCUCUUCUCGUGCAGAGUCUACGAAAACUACUCCAGGCCCAUCUCCAAAACCAAAAGGAUCAAAUCAAAAGAAAAAGAAUGUUUCAACUCCUCAGACUAAAUCCCAACCCGUGCAUGAACCUGUGGUGUCUUCAUCAGUCAAACCCAUUCCAGCUGAAACGCCUAAGACACCUUCUCCUCCGAAGAGAGCUCCUAGCAAGACUCCAAGCAGAGCUCAACCAUCUCCUGCGCCAUCAACUACCACGAUGCAACGUCCUAUAGCUCCAUCGCCGGAACUAUUGUAUAAUGAGCAAUCAAAUCCAGCAUCUCCUGAUUUGUUUUAUAGACAAUUCCUGUCUUCAAUGGGAAUGCCACUGGAAGAAACGUUCUGGGAUUCACCAGCUGCUCAAGCUGCAAUGCCUUACUUGAAUAUGUGGAACUAUGGAGGACCAUUGAGUGUGGAACAAAUGGAAGACUUGAUUAGACAAGCAUCGGGACAAGCUCCAACGGAUACUUCAAAUACAACAACAACGACGCCUUCUGAAGAAGCAAUGGAAUGGAAUCAAGGACAAAUCGAAGAAGAGGAAGAGGAGAGUGUUGCAGGUGAAGAUGAGCCAGAUUGGAUAAAUGAGAAUUUGAACGUGGAUGAUGCAGAAGCUGACUUCUCAUCAAUGGCGGCGGCAUCGAAGGAUUUGUUCCAUGAUGAAGAUGUGGAUGAGUUGCAUUUGAGAAGACAAAGAAGUCCAAGCCAAGCAUCGUCAACUCUGUCGAGAAAAGUAAGUUGGUUUUCUGAGAGAAUCCUUCAUUAUGUCUUUUAUUUUCAGCUUGAAAAUUCUCCACAAAAAAUGGGCGGACGUCGUCUAACGAUUGGAAGCGAGAAAAAGAAUAAUCCACCAACAAGCGAAUUCACACGAACCCCUGGAAACCCAAAUCGAUUUACAAGCACCAUUCAAAAUCCCCCUCCUUAUUCUUCUGGAUCGAUUUGGGGUGAUUCUUCAUCUUCGAAUCUUUGGGGAUCUUCUUCAUCUCAACUUCCAUCUACUUCAUCUGCGUCUUCUCAACCAUCAAAUGUUGUUCAUGACCCACUUUCACUGUCUCAUUUGGGAAUCAACGAAGCUGAAAGCUCUGUACCAUUCGGAAAUACAAUGUUUAGUGGACCAGAAUUCAAUCUAUGGUCUUCCAGUUCUCUUUUCUAUCAACAUCCAUCCCAACAGCAACAACAAAAUGAUGAUAAUUAUAAGAACAAGAAGAACGAAUAA